UUGCACAUGAAGGGACACGAAGGCAACGUAACGGAUUCGUACUAAACCUGCACGUGCUGUUUCCUUCUUGAUUGUGGCUCAUUCUUCACUUGCGUCUCGUCACAUCAUCGCCGGAGAUUCUCAUUCGCCAUCCUGUUUCGCCGCAGUCUUUCGCCGUACGUGCUGAUGAUUCCGGCAGCUGUGGAUGCGAGCUUGGAUGACGACGAGCUGCGGCAGCCAGCGCUCAUCUUUGACAGUCAACGAGGACAAGAGUCUAUUAACACACAAACGCGGGGAUGCAAUGAGACGGAUGAUGUCAAUAAAAUUCGCGCUGAGGAGGAAGCACCGCCCCCAGCAGCUUUAAGUCCUUGCGGGAGUGUAACUCCACCUGCAGAGCCUGGUGUUCGUGUGGUAGCAGAUCUGCUACGUGCUCCUACGGCGGAGGCUCAAAAGAGCCAAUUGGUUAUGUCAUUUGGAGUUUUUAUACUAUCCUUAUUGCUAGGUGCUAGUGCUUUGCUCUUCUACGACGAGAUUCUCGACGUGACGGGCAUUCAAAGCGGCCUCUUAUUGGGAUCAGUUGGAUCCCUCUCAAUGUGUGGUGUGAUCAUAAUUUCGUAUCUCAGUACCAAGUGGUAUCGCCGACACAUGCACAUCUUACUCCUAAACUUGGCGCUGUGUGAGUUCUGCCUCGCGAUUUCGUUUCUUUUGGAACCGGCAUGGAACCGAUUAGGUGCUGGUGUUGGGAGCGAUCUUUCCUGUCGAUGGUUAUCGACAGCACGAGAGUACCUAAUCAUGUGCUCUAGCGCCUGGACGACCUGCACUGCUCUAGAUUUAUACUACUUGAUGACAAACCCGUUCACGUCACCACGCCUGAAUCGUCACAAGUACCAGGGUAUUGCACACGUCACAGCCCUUGCAAGUGCUGUUAUCAUGUGCGUAUCCAAUAGUUUCGGAUCUCCUGUGGCUGUAGGCAACUUCUGUUGGGUAGGAGCAGAUACCCAGGCACGAAGCGACCACAUCAGUUAUAAGCAGCCAAGUGGAUCAACCACCGGCAUUUGGGUCUUCAUCGUCACUCCUGCUACCAUUUCGAUGGUUGCCAACCUAUACGUGACGCUGGUAUCCUAUGGACGACUGCGACGAGGCGUUUCUGCAACUUUACGCAAUCGACGAGUAUUGCUGCGUGAAGGGUUUGUGACGACUGUGACGCUGAUUGCCUAUUCAGCUGUGCUCUGGGGAGUAUACGGAGCCUAUUGGCUUACUCCCUCAGCUACACAAGCUCGGAGACUCUCUCGAUUAUUUGCGUUUUUGCUGUCAUAUCGAGGCAGUGUACCUUUCAUUUUGUGGUGCCUGUAUAAACGUCCGCAACACAAAAAGCAGAAAUCUAGUGUAGUGGUCGACGGCACUAGGAGCCAGAAGCUCUCGAGUAUAGAGGAUGAGGAAGAGGAAGAUGACGACGCUGUUCGGCCACAGAUGAACUUGGCACUACUAGACGAACUUGUGUUUUAUACAACCCAUGGCAUCGCCAAGGCAGUGAGGAUAACCAGUACUCUUGGACAGUAUCCACCGUCACACUCACGUGUUGAGCAGCCAGAUCAACACUCUGAACAUGGACCAGCACAGUACUCGUUCAUGGUACAACCAUCACCCGAAGAUGCUGCAUUGAAUGAAUGUCGGUUUACAGCGUUUCAUCCACUGGAAUUUCAGCGCAUUCGUCGUUUUUACGGCAUCGACGACGACGCAUACCUUUCGUCUUUACGGUCCUGUACGACGCCCAAAGUCAGUGAAGGUGCAAGUGGCUCUUUUGUCUAUUAUUCAUCAGAUCGCAGCUACGUUGUCAAGUCCUUGACACGCUCGGAAAGUGUUUUCCUACAUGGUAUUCUGAACGACUAUACUGUAUACAUUGAGGAGCAGAACGGCGAAAGCUUUCUCACGCGUUUCCACGGCAGCUACUGUCUUGAAUUAUAUGGCCGUCCGACGUAUUUCGUGGUCAUGGAGAACGUCUUUGACGUGCAGCAGGGCAUCUCGAUCCAUCAGCGCUACGAUAUCAAAGGGUCGUGGGUAGAUCGCAACGCGCAGAAACCUCGUCGAGGCGCUGAAGCCACGUGUCGUCACUGCAAUCUCAGCUUCCGUUGCGGUGAGACUAACACUCGUUCGAACGACAGACUGCGUCGAAAUGUGUGUCCAAACCGUGCAGGGGCUCCUCAUGAACCGAAUGUUGUGCUUAAGGAUAUGGACCUCACGAUGAAGUUGCGCUUUGGAAAGAAUGCAGGACGGAAACUACUAGCGCAACUUAUGCGUGACAGUGACUUCUUGUGCACACAUGGCGUCAUGGACUACUCGUUGCUUCUGGGAGUGAUAGAAGUGAGCUAUUUAGUGAAUCGGCACAACAUUCUGACCAGGGAUGGUAGUGUAUUUCUACCACCAGACAGCUUCACGGGUAAGCCAGGUUUUCCACGGGAACAAGCCGAUAGUGAGUCUACAGGGAACUCAGAACGUGUCAAGCAGUCAACGCAGUGUCUGCGUGCCGCGGAGGUGGUGAUCGGCCCGGGUUUCUACUACAUUGGAGUCAUCGAUAUGUUGCAGACGUGGAAUUGGUCCAAGCGACUCGAGCGCUUUAUGAAAACCGUCCUCUUUAGAAAAGACCCAGACGGGAUAUCUGCCAUGCCUCCGAAGCCGUACCGAGAUCGGUUCCACCGCAAGCUGCGGGAAAUUAUCCAUCUCGGCAACAACUCGAGUAUCGUACCAUCCACGGCAGCCACGGUGGAGAACGCGGAUGGAUGCAUGGAGGACAUUGGCGGUGGUGACUCCACGAGAGCGGAUGCUGAACUCGGAGAUGACGAGUACGAUCGAAUGACACACAUUAGACCACGCGGAGUUGCUCUUCCCGCUGUUAAUCACAUUGUGGCACCGACUAGUAAAGAUGGUCAGCAAUCGCGAACUGACAGUGAAAAGAUACCCAUGACCCCCUCUGCUCUAGGACGCGUACUGGGAAGCAGCUUGUAAAUCUACAAAACAAAAUAGCAAAUAUUCCAGAAUGAACUCC